CCAGCACCCCCGCGCCGCCCCUCCUUUGUGCGCCCCGCCUCCGUACGCCCUGAACACCUCCUUGCACCCCGCCUCCCCGCGCCUGUUUUUCUGUGGCCCCCCUUUCCCUCCAAGGCAGUGAAGCUCCAAAGUCACUUGACAGCACACGACCACUUCUGCAGCAAAACCUUCUAGUCUGGGCCUUUGACAUGGCAUCCCCCAAGAAGGUUGCUUUCUCAGUGCUCAGCCGAGAGCAGUCCGAAGGAGUUGGAGCUCGUGUCCGCAGAAGCAUUGGCCGACCUGAGUUAAAAAUCCUGGAUCCAUUUCUACUCUUGGAUGAGUUUAAAGGUGGCAAACCAGCUGGAUUUCCUGAUCACCCACAUCGAGGAUUUGAAACGGUCUCCUACCUCUUGGAUGGGGGCAGUAUGGCCCACGAAGACUUCUGCGGACACUUUGGUCAGAUGAACCCAGGAGACCUGCAGUGGAUGACAGCCGGCCGUGGCAUCCUGCAUGCUGAGAUGCCUUGCUCAGAGGAGCCAGCGCAUGGCCUACAGCUGUGGGUGAACCUGAGGAGCUCGGAGAAGAUGGUAGAGCCACAAUACCAGGAGCUGAAAAGUACCGAAAUCCCCAAACCCAGUCAGAAUGGAGUGACUAUCGCUGUCAUUUCUGGAGAAGCCCUGGGAGUCAAGUCGAAGGUUUACACUCGCACACCAACCUUGUUUUUGGACUUCAAAUUGGACCAAGGAGCAAAGCAUUCACAGCCAAUUCCUCAAGGUUGGACAAGUUUCAUUUAUACUCUAUCUGGAAAUGUGCACAUUGGACCCGAAGAAGCACAGCAGCAAAUAGAACCUCAUCACACAGCAGUGCUGGGAGAAGGUAGCAGUGUUCAAGUGGAAAACAAGGAUCCUGAGAUAAGCCAUUUUGUACUAAUUGCUGGCCAGCCAAUAAAAGAACCAGUUGUCCAACAUGGUCCAUUUGUAAUGAACACCAAUGAGGAGAUUUCCCAAGCUAUUCUUGAUUUCAGAAAUGCCAAAAAUGGAUUUGAAAGAGCCAAAACCUGGAAAUCAAAGAUUGGAAACCAGUGAAAGGCAGAGGAGCAGGUGUCACUUCCUGGAAUUUUGCUAUUUCCAGCCUUCAGUAUGCUCCACAUAUUCCCUCUCCCAUGCUGACCUAGUCGUUACGCUUCUGAAGUGAGAGCUGGUGUUUUUGUAAUAAAGCUCGUGAGCUAUUAUUGGCAAGCACAAGAAAAUAAACCAAGUGGCGGCUUCUUUAAAAA